UGCGUGACUUUAGCAGGUGUGAGUCGGUACGCAAAGACCUGAGUCGAGUAUACGUCUGUUUCUGAUGGUCAAUCAAUCGAGGUAUAGGCGGCAUCCAUGGUUGCCGAGCAGCCGUGAUCUAAGAGCUGGUAUGCUUUGUGAUUCAGGUCAUGAUCAACUAUAUCGCUGCAUUCAUGCUGCUCUCGAAUCAAAGUUUGGUCUGCUUGAAGCUCGGGAACUCCUCGUGGCUCGAAAAUGUUCGACUCGCACAGACGUACGCUGCAGCUCGACCAAGCACGCAGAGCUCGAAUCAAGAACUCGUACAAGUUGCAUCCAAGGACUCUGUUUGCUUGGCGGUGUGUGAGAGCGUGAUGCCACGAGCUCUUUGGCUUGCUGAGUGCGAAGGCUACUGAUCCGCGCGACGGUGCCUGCCACUUGCCGCAUUUGUGAGCGAAAGAGUAAUGCACCGUAGCAGAAUUCGCAACUCACGGCUCACGCGACUGCCGGACCGGACUGUCCGCCACGAGCACCACUUGUCCGUCUUUCAAGCUUCCAACCCCCCAACUCCUUUCAGGUCGGCCGAGUCUCAGUCAACAGCGACCGCCAGCGACGCAUUCCCGCGCCCAUAGCAACCACAAACUCGAUUGCAUUGCUGUCAUGGAUGCAGG